AUGUCGCGGCCCGGCGGCUCGAUGCGGUCAAACGACGUCCCCCCUUCGCUGGACCAGGACGAGACGUGUCCCGUCUGCAAGACGACUCGCUACUUCAACAAGGACAUGGAGUUCCGCAUCAACACCGAGUGCUACCAUCGGAUGUGCAAGACGUGCGUCGAGCGCAUCUUCAAGGACGGGCCCAACCAGUGCCCCUACGCCGGCUGCCACAGGACGCUGCGUCUUCGCGGCUUCAAGACGGCCUUCUUCGCCGACCUGCGGGUCGAGAGGGAGGUGGACGUCCGUCGCCGCGUCGCUCAGGUCUUCAACAAGGGCGAGGAUGACUUCGAGUCGCUCGAGGCCUACAACGAUUACCUCUACAUGGUGGAGUGCCUGACCGACGACCUCGUCAACGGCCCCGACGAGGCCAAGAAGAAGGCCGAGGGGCAGCUCGCCGAGUGGGAGACGCUCCACAAGGCCGAGAUCGAGCGCAACCGCAAGCUCGCGCGCGAGUCCGACGACGCCCGCCAGAAGCGCCUGGCCGCCGAGAAGGACGCCGCCCGCCACCGGCGCAUGCUCGACAUCCAAGCCCAGGCCGACGAGAAGGCGAGCCACGCGCGCCUCCGCGAGGAGGUGCUCAACACCCUCGCGAGCGCCGAGGUCGGCCACGCCACCGAGGCCGUCGACAAGGUCCUGCUCAAGAAGCGCGGCCAGCAGAAGCGGGACGCCGUCUCGCACUCGACCCUGUCCACCACCGGCCUGUCCAUACGCGGUCUUCGCGACAAGACGCGGGCGAGCGAUGCCAACAAGCUCUACGACCCCUUCGGCGGUCUCUACCUGGCCCCCGAGCGCGUCGAAGUCUCCUCCCACGAGCUGCUGCUGGCCUACCACAGCGAAUGGAUCGACGCCGUCCGCUCCAAGGACGACUAUCUCGUCGGCGGCUACGGUGCCGACGAGUACAUCUCGCGCGUCCUCUUCGAUACCUUCUCCGGCCUGGGCGUCUUCGUCGCCAAUGAGGAGGAGAACGGAAGCGUCGCUGGGGCGCCGCAAUCAGUGUCGGUCGUGCCGACGGUCAGUCUGAAUGGCCACGGAUGA